GCCAAUCGGCGUUACCUGCCGCGUACACAUGUCAGAUUGAUCGAAUUUGAAAGAGGUAUCGGGCACCGGUCGGCAUCGGCUCGCAUCGGCUCGUCGUCGUAGGUAAAUUUCGAGGCGGCCAAGCUGGACUUUCACGUAGGAUGAGUGCUUGAACGCUUGAGAUGAUCCGAUCGUUCGCGCCGAGUCAAAGGGGGAAACGGCCUUUGCUCCUGGACAUACCUGAGGAGGUCGCGGAGUUGACCCUGUUUGAAAGUUGCUCGCAGGAACCGAAGAGAAGAAUCAAGAAUGUCAAAGACAUACGGAUACCGGAACACAAAGCUGUUUCUCUUUCUGACAAUGGCAUCUGCACGAUGCAGAAGAUAGUGUCCGAGCACGAAGAGAGAGUGAGGAGGCUACUCAGCAAACCCUUUCAAAUACCGAUACCUGGUUACCAAUUGUCUGGACGAGUUCUUGGAUUACGUCUGCCAGGGCCACGCAGGCCUUUGCACGAUCCUGACGAGCCAAAUGCCUUAAUCGUGUACUCGCCGCCAGAAUUGUCGGAGCACGAUAGAUUGAAGAUCGACCCGUGCAAACAACUGGUGCACGUAGUUGUAGAUCCUAUAUUGUGCAAUGUGUUGCGGCCGCAUCAGCGCGAGGGUGUGAAAUUUAUGUACGAGUGUGUAACGGGCAAACGUAUAGAAGACGCAUACGGCUGCAUCAUGGCGGACGAAAUGGGUCUUGGUAAAACACUACAGUGCAUAACUCUGCUGUGGACGUUGUUGAAGCAAGGUCCGGAGGCUAAGCCGCUGAUAGAGAAGGCGAUUAUAGUCGCGCCCAGCUCUCUGGUGAAGAAUUGGUACAACGAGAUUAACAAGUGGUUGAAUAACAUGGUCAACGUCCUCGCCAUCGACGGUGGCAAGAAGGCAGACAUUGACACAAAUCUCACGCGUUUCAUGAAGACUUAUGGCAGAUGCGUGACGCCCAUCCUCAUCAUAAGUUACGAGACGUUUCGCUUACACGCACACGUCCUGCAUCAGGACGAAGUGGGCCUCGUGCUGUGCGACGAGGGUCACCGUUUAAAGAAUUCCGAGAAUCAAACGUAUCAAUCCCUAAUGGGCCUGAGAGCCAAGAGGAGAGUAUUGCUCAGCGGAACGCCCAUACAGAAUGAUCUUUUGGAGUACUUUUCCCUCGUGCACUUUGUUAAUCAGGGACUAUUGGGAACUGCGCAGGAAUUCCGAAGGAAGUUCGAGACGCCGAUAUUACGUGGUCAAGACGCGGCUGCGACAGACAACGAGCGUCAACUCGCUGGAGAACGUUUGUCCGAGUUGGUGUCUAUUGUUAAUAAAUGUCUCAUCAGACGCACUAGCGCAUUGCUGUCGAAAUAUUUGCCACUGAAGCACGAGCUCGUGGUGUGCAUAAAGAUGGGAGAGCUACAAACGCGUCUCUACAAAAAUUUCAUACAGAGUGACAGUAUAAAAAGAUCUGUGGAAGAGACCGAUAAUCCUAAAAAGGGAGGCAGUCUGUCCGCUUUGGCUGCCAUAACGCUCUUAAAGAAACUAUGCAAUCAUCCAGACUUGAUAUACGAUAAGAUCAUGGAAAGGGCAGAGGGGUUUGAGAAAGCUGCGUCGUUGCUGCCGCCAAAUUACUCGACAAAAGUGCUGCUACCAGAAUUGUCGGGCAAACUGAUGGUUCUGGAUUGCCUACUGGCGUCCAUUAAGACCACGACGAAAGAUAAAAUAGUAUUAGUGUCCAAUUACACGCAGACUCUCGAUUUGUUCGAGAAACUCUGCCACAAACGUGGCUACAAUUACGUGAGGCUCGACGGUACGAUGACGAUUAAGAAACGAGCGAAAGUGGUCGACAAUUUUAACAGUGAGAACAGCAACGAUUUCAUCUUCAUGCUCAGCUCGAAGGCCGGUGGAUGCGGCUUGAAUCUCAUCGGUGCGAAUCGUCUCGUCAUGUUCGAUCCGGACUGGAACCCCGCAAACGACGACCAAGCGAUGGCCAGAGUGUGGAGGGACGGUCAGAAGAAGCCGUGUUUCGUCUACCGUUUUCUUUCCACUGGAACGAUAGAGGAGAAAAUAUUUCAGAGACAAGCCCAUAAGAAAGCGUUGAGUUCGGCCGUGGUCGAUCAAGAGGACGACGUGGCGAGGCAUUUCACCAUAAACGAUCUGCGCGAUUUGUUCAAGUUGGAGGAGAACACGGUUUCUGAUACGCACGCAAAGUUCAAAUGCAAACGUUGUAUCAAUGGUAUCGAAGUGAGGGGUCCGUCGGAGCAAUCCGACUGCAAUUCCGAUCUGUCCGACUGGCGACACUCGCACAAUCCGCGGCAUUUACCGGACAUACCGUUACGACAGUGUUGGCCUAGCGGCAUUUCGUUUGUUUUCCAUCAUCGCUCACACGAACAAGUAAAAUGACUCUUAUCUUGUGACGACUCCGUUUGGAAAUUUUGUACUCCUGAGUUUGUUAUCGGCGACGUUGAUAAGAAUUGUUGCAGUCAAAUUGUCUUCCUACGAAACUCAUUUCCACGAAAUACGAUAAUUUUCCUUUCUUGAAAAUAGAAACGUGACUAGUCCAGAAUUUUACUUAGAUACAUAUACAUUUUUUUGUAACUCACGUCUCUUGCAUUUGUAAUUCAAUUGGCUUUGCACAAAGAGAUCGUCGCAUUUUUCCUAGAAACGCAAUUCACGACAAUACAUGUGUGCCUUACGUUUUUAGCUUUAGAUAGAAGGAGAUGUGCAUAUAUUUAUUGUCUUUCUCUAGAUGUAUAAACUUGUACACAAUAGAAUAUGUAUUUUUAGGAUCUCAAGUUAAUAAGAAAUGUUGCAUUUAUAUAGAAAUUAAAAUAAAUUUUUGUUACAUGCCGC